AUGUUCCGAUUCAUUAAACCCCGGUUGACGGGUGCGUGGGCAACGAAUGUACGGGCAAGAUCAGGACCUAGUAGCUCUGCUGCGAAUUCAUUAUCUAUGCGCAGCAAUGCUCAGAGAUUCGCAGGAAAGGCAUCACAUGUGGUUCGCUUCAGGAAACCACCUAUUAGAAUAAGAAACGUCGCCAUCAGCUUUAUAGUGGUAUACGCCUGCUUUGAAGUUUACACCAGACUAGUUCUCGGUCCCUUGGACAAGGCUGCUGAGGAGGCAUCGAAACACAUACCGGACGAGGAAUGGCAAGAGGCCGAACCACCAUUAUUUAUACCAUUUCCUGGCACUACGAGACAGCUACCAACUGUUCCUUACAAAGGAACUGAUCCAGAAUUCCAAGAGUUCAUCAAGAUUAGCCAGGAUACAAAGCUUAUGAAUAAACUUAGGGUUGACUUGACAGAAAUAAUGCGGGAUUUUGCUUGCAAAAGUCCGAUCGUUGUACAAAUUGCUGGAAAGAACCUAAAAAGCAGAAGGAUUUGGCUCGACAUUGACUUUCCUUCAAUUCCUCCGCCGUCAUUCGAAAGAUCAGGGAUCGAAAUUUCGGAUGAUGCAAUAUCCUGGGUCACACAGCCCGUCGAUGCCCGAAUACAUAGCAGGGAUGUUUGGCGUGGAAGUUCAAACGAGUCCUGCUCAACAAUCACUGGAGCAGAUGUUAGCUCGGUCACAAAGAAUGAUGAAGGAGUUGAAAGGCCAACAAAAGGUACCGGGGGUGUUCAAGGGCCACUAGAUGCGAAGGAUGAGCCAUCACAACAGCAUCUGGAUGAUAAAAGUAAAGAAAUUAGGGACAUUACAGGAUCUGGAAAAUCAACCGUGAUAGAGGAGAUUUUCCCUGCACUUGUAAACAGUAUCAGAGAUAUUCACGCAGGCUUUGCAAAACCCAUCAUGGCAGCCAAAUUAAAAUAUGUCGAGGCCAACAGGAAGUUGCGGCCAACUCAAAACCUUCAUCCAAGGGGUUCUAUCACAGUAUCUGGAUUUGUCGAACUGGAAUCUGACAGGGCUUUCCUGGUCUUUGAUGUCAUCGCAGCUUGGGAUCCCAAAAAGAAAGAAUUUGACGCUGGAAGUAUGCAACUCAAACUGAGAAGAAUGCAAAGGAAAAAGCAAAGACCUAUUGGGUUGCCACGCAGCCCAGUCAGCUGA